AUGAAAAUCAAGAUUUCCGCUAGACUUUCGUCCAGCGCGUUUCUUCUCGUAUUGCUCCCUGCAGCUCAAGCUCUGCCACAAUGGCUUCAACCACACCUUCGUAAUGCCAAUGCGGAUGUGUUUGCUCCUCGGGACUAUACAAUCUACGAGAGAGCAGAGGAAAUUCACGAUCGCUACACGCCAUAUGGAUAUGGACCUCAGCCUACCUUCACCAUAAACCCAAUCACAACCGUUGAUCCCGAGGAGACUUCAUCAUCCAGCACUAAAAUUGGAUCUGCUACAGCUUCUGUUUCUGGCUCUUCCGUCAGCGGCAUACUUUCCACUGGUACUUCUCCUGUUAGUUUGUAUACUGGUCCAGGAUCGAUUGAACCUUCCGUAGUUACUUCUUCCACUGUUUCAUACUCUACAAUCACAGUUUCUGUUUCUGCUACAGAAGGUUCUCCCACGGCUUCGGCUUCGGCUUCGGCUUCAAGCUAUGAUCCAGGAACUUCUGCGUCAGCGACAGGGGGCAUAUCAUCGGAAUCUAAUGGAAUAUCGCCAACAACACCUGGAGCACCAGAUACUAUUCCUACCGAGUCUAGUGGUAGUUCGCCAAUAACAUCGGCAGGAACAUAUGAACCUUCUCGUAUCACUUCAUUGGAAUAUUCUUCUACCACUCCAAGUGCAACUACUACUGAUCACUGCAAUCAUGACAAUUGUCUCCGCGAAUUUAUUCGAUCUUCUUUCAUUGUUCGUCCAUUUUGUGCUACCUACACUUUGUCGGAAAAUACUGCCACUGCAUAUCUUCCAACAUAUGUUUCACAAUGCCAUGAUUCACCUUCAAGGAUCUCAUCUGCAUGUUCAUGUUUAAAUACUGGUGCCGCCACUACUCCAGGAAGUAUCGGUAGCAGCGCAUCUUCGACACAAGCAGGAACAGAAAGCACAUCCCAAAUAAGUGGUGCACCAACUUCUUCUGGAACUCAAAGUUCUUCAUAUUCAUCACCUGCCGGCUCAGAAUCUUCUGCUAGCCAAAGUUCUUCUAACACUAGUCCUGAAAGCUUAGGCUCUACGGUGACGAACACUCAAACCUACACCAUUACACCUACCAUCACUGUAACUUCCGGAAGCCAGACGACCCAGCCAUCAGGAAGUGCGCCAGGUGGCGCGUCAACAAACACUUCACCGGGAAGUGAGGCGACAACCACUCCGAGUACGAUAGGAAGUGAGGCGACAGCUCCCUCGUCUGGCGGUGAGACGACAUUGACUCCACAAGGAGGCGAGACGACUCCUAACCCAUCAGGUAGUGAGACAGCAACUGCUCCUUCUGCUGGUACCACUAUUUCUGGAGAUAUAACUCCAAGUGAAAGCUCAAGUAAUCCCAGCUACACUUCAGGAGUAUUGAGUACAGACUCUGGAAUAUCUGCACCUGCGACCUCUACCGGCCCACCUUCCACGCCUGAAAAUUCAUCCACUCCUGCCGGUACAAUUAGCUCAUCAACAUAUGUCUCUGCUAGUUCGUCAUCUGCAGGACCUUACACGAAUACUUCAGCUUCAGCAACCGGGUCCCUAACUUCUGCAAUUUCAUCAAUCACUCCAUCUGGCGGUAUCUCAGUAUCGGCACCUGGAAGCUCAAAUGGUGGUAGUGCCCCCUAUACAAAUUCGACAUCGGGAUCAUCACCAGCAACUACAAUCGCUUCUUCAAGGACUGCACCAUUUACCAAUCCUUAUCAAACUGGAACUGGUCUUUCUAGUGGAAGUGUCUCUGGCGGCAUUUCAAGUUCGAGUGCGUCGGCACCUUUGUACACAAAGUCGACCAGUUUAGCCAGCUCAACUUACCUCGGUACUGCGCCAUUAUCUUCCGGCUCAUCUGGAAGCAGUAUUUUGUCAACAGGAACUCCAUCAUCCACUCCUCUAUACCCACUCAACUCGACAUCCACCUCAAGUGGAGUUGCUGGGCCUACGGGAUCAGGUAUAUCGGGUGGUAUCAGCUCCAGCUCGUCUGCCAGUGCUCCUUACCCAACGGGUAACAAUGCUUCAACGACUACUGGUCCAACUGAUACAGGAUCUGCACCGACAUCUUCUUUAUUAGGAACUGGUACCUCUGGGUCUUCUGUCUCUGGAAUUAUCAGCUCUUCUGCUGAAUCUGUUCCAUACUAUCCUUAUGGAAAUAGUACUUUGUAUACAAAUCUUCCAACUGGAUCUGGAACAGGAACAGGAAUUCCAAGCUCUGUAUCAGGAGGUAUCCAAUCAAGUACCGGUGUUUCAAGCUCAGGGAGCUACUCAUCUUCUUCCAGUGUUUCCGGUGGAAUCACUUCGUCGCUGCCAUCCUCUGCUCCAUAUCCAAUCUCCAACAGUACAAAAACAGCAGGACCCACCAAUCCAGGUACCUCAGUAUCUGGUGGUCUCACUCCUGUUACUUCUGCACCACUUGGCACUGGAAGCCCACCAUCAUCAAGCGUCUCAGGUGUCAUUAGCACUUCGCGGGCAUCUUCCCAACCAUACCAACCUUAUCCGUAUGGAAACUAUACCCUUCCGCCACUAGGCACAGGUACAGGAGGUGCAGCUACAUCAACACCUUUCGGGUCCGGAAGUUCACCAUCAAGCAUCGGCACAGCGCCUCAAGGAACAGGAAGUUCAAGCGCUGAUUCAGGCUUGUCAUCGUCAGUUCCAUACCCAACACCUUCCAAUGGGACCUUGACUAGUGGACCAACCGCACCGACAGGAACCGCGCCAAUAUCCAGCAGUGAUUCUGGCCAAUCGUCAUCGGCUCCAUAUCCAGCUUCAGGAAACAGUACUUUGACUAAUGGACCAACUGGAACUACAUCUAUCUUCAGCACUGGCACAGCACCUUUAGGAACAGGAAGUUCAAGUACUGAUUCUGGUUUAUCAUCGUCAGUCCCAUAUCCAACCUCUUCAAACGGAACCUUAACUACGGGACCAACUGGAACUUCAGGAACUUCACCAAUCUCAAGCUCAUACCAAUCAUCUGUCUCUGGUACUCCUACCAGUAUCGGUAAUGCAACUUCGGUGCAUCCGACCUCAUCUGUCAGUACUUACGAUCCUAAUGGAUCUACUUCCAGUCAAGUAUCCGUAGGAACCUCGUUAUCUUCGUAUUCAGCAACAGGCCCAUUUAAUACCAGCACUGGAGCUUCUCCUACUGCGUCUUCGUCCUCAGGUGACUCUGGUACGUCGAUCACGUUGGUAACGUCGCCACCAUCCACAUUUGCAACAUCGGUUUCGACUGGUACAUAUGCUGGCACUAAUUCUUCUUCCAUCAUCUCAUCAGCUUUAACUUCUGACUCUGGUUCUUCAAUCUCAUCCACAGAUUCUUCAAGUGCUGCCCCUUCUACAAAUGCACCCACUCCAACCACUACCUAUUCUCCACCACUAACUUAUGCUCCGCCACCUCCACCAUACUACGCACCACCUCCACCAAAUUAUUAUGGCUGGGGAUCAUGGGGCAGAAAGCAUCAGAAUAGAGAUGCUGGUAGUGUUCGCCGUUGGUUCUAG